AUGUAUUUCAUAUUGAUAAGAAAACAACGGGAAACUGAUACCCCGCAAGUGUCGCAGCUGGUUCGUACCGGCUACUGCUCCAACAUCCGAGACAUGUUUAUGGGGGCCCUUUUCCACGAAGCCACAGGCCAAAUUGCCAUAAUUCUAACUGCUGUUUUGUUUAUUUUCUUCCAAGUUAAACUCCUAUAUUGUACCCUUUGCUUACCAACAGUUUUACUUAUAGUUUACAUAUACAUUUACAUAACAGUUUUGAUGAAAUCGGCCUAUGUCAUGUAUGAAAAGAAACCGUUGGUUGCUUGGGUGGCAGAAGCUUACGAGCCUUUUUUCAAUACUAGAGAUCCUAAAGAAUGUGUUUACAAAGUUAUCAACGAAGAUGAAUUGAAACAAACACCAGAGGGAAGGAAAAAGAUUAUUGGAACUAUUGCGGUGAUGAAACAUUCCUUGCAAUCCGAUUGGGCAUGGCUAUACAGGGCGGUUGUCGAUGAAAAAUAUAGACGCAAAUCUGUUGCAUUGAAUUUGGUCAAAGCUGCUCAAGAAUGGUGCAAGCUGAACCAAUAUAAUAGAAUGGAAUGUGCCAUGUCUGAGUUUAAUGAAGGAGCUAGGCAAUUGUUUGAUAAAACUGGAUUUGAAAUAAAACAACUGUAUCAUGUGAAUCAAUUUGGCAGGAUUUAUAAGUUACAAAUGUAUCUUUUGAGUGCCCAAGUACGGCCAACAUUCAAUUAA